AUGGACUUAUCAUUAAGCACCAUGCCUUGUAUGCUUGAGAAGCUCAUAGAAGAUAUUCAUUUGAAUAGUGAUGAUAAAAUCACAUGCAUAGUUGCUGAUAUGCAUAUGGCAUGGGCAUUAGAAGUUGGGAAUAAGCUAGGAAUCAAAGGAGUUCUCUUCUGCACUGCAGCAGCAACUUUGUUUCCCUUGCAAUACAACAUCCCCAAGCUUAUUCAAGAUGGCAUCAUAGAUUCUGAUGGAUUCCCAGUAACAAAAAGGAAAUUUCAGAUAUCACCAAGUAUGCCUGCUAUGGACACAGGACUCAUUUGGUGGUCAAAUCUUCAUGACUCAAAAACUGAGAAGAAAAUAUUUGAUUAUUUGGUGCACUGCACACAAACUUUUAAUAUGACAGAGUGGUGGCUUUGUAACACCACAUAUGAACUUGAACCUGGAGCAUUGUCCUUUAAUCCAAAGCUUUUACCAGUUGGCCCCUUGUUGAGAAGUUAUGACAAUACAUGUGUAACUUCAAGAUCAUUGGGACAGUUCUGGGAAAAAGAUCUCUCCUGCAUGAGUUGGCUUGAUCAACAACCUCAUUGUUCUGUCACCUAUGUUGCAUUUGGUAGUUUCACUCUUUUUGACCAAAACCAAUUCAAAGAACUAGCACUUGGACUAGACCUUACAAAUAGACCAUUUCUUUGGGUUGUGCGUCAAGAUUCCAAUAGCACCAAUAACAUGACAUACCCCAAUGAAUUCAUAGGUAGUAAAGGGAAGAUAGUUUCAUGGGCUCCACAACAAAAGGUGCUAAGACACCCUGCCAUAGCUUGUUUUGUUAGCCAUUGUGGUUGGAAUUCAACCAUGGAAGGUUUGUCUAAUGGGGUGCCCUUCUUGUGCUGGCCUUAUUUUGCUGACCAAUUUCAUAACAAAAAAUACAUUUGUGAUGAGUUGAAAGUUGGGUUGGGAAUGGAAUAUGAUGAAAAUGGACAUGUGUCAAGGUGGGAGAUUAAGAAGAAAUUGGACCAAUUGUUUAGUGAUGAACAAAUAAGAGAAAGGUCUCUACAACUGAAGGAGAUGGCCAUGAACAACGUGACAGAAGGUGGUGGAUCUUCAGAGAAUAUUAAUAGAUUCGUUAAGUGGCUGAAAUCUUGAAAGUAUAGGUAUUGUCUUUGGUCAUAACCAUGGGAUGUUGUUGUUCUUGAAGAUGAAAGUGUUUCUCUUUAAUAAUGGUU